AUGCCGAUAGCAGUUGCGGUGGUGUUGCUAGGAGCCAAGGAUCAGAAAGUGCCGCCCCUAUCGCAACAUCUCCCGAUCCAAUACGCCUCGCCGCCGCCACCUCGCCUACGCCAUCGUUCCCGGCAUCGCCUCCAAAUCGAGGCGCCGUCCGUCUCCUCGAACCCCGCCGCCGCCGCCGCCGCCGUCGUCGCCAGCACGCAGACCCCGGCGCCGCUGUCGUCUCCAGCGCCUAUCGCGGCGGCGCCGUCUUCUCUAGCGCCUACCCCGCCGCCGUCUCCUCCAACCAGGCGCUGCCGUGUCCUCCAGCCCGGCGCACAGGCCUUCGCACCCCAGCCCGGCGUCGCCGUCGCCCCCAACCAGCCGCCGUCGUCUCCUCCAGCCCGACGUCGCCAUCGUCUCCUCCAGCCCGGCGCCGCCAUCAUCUCCUCCAAACCGCUGCCGCUGUCUGGUGGAGGACACGCCGCCCCUUCACCGCCUCCUCGCCACCUGACAACAGAGAUGGCUGUAUACCAAUAUUUAUUGUUAAACAUGGCAGCAGCAAAAAUUCUGUGGCAAGAACAGCACAGAUCAAGCAGCUAAUAGGAAGCUAAUAUCCUGUACCAGCAAAUUGGAGAGCAUCACCCAUCACACUUACGGGGGAAGAAGAAGAAAAACUCACAGGAUGUCGCUAGCCUACCACUGAGUCACCGCCGCUGAAGACUCCAUGGACACAUGAACAAUCUGGAGGAGCACCAACUUGUCCCAUCGCCGAGACAUGGUAGUGCAGGUCUACAGGAUGCAGAGCACCUAUUCAUGGUACCCUUAUAUUUUGUAUAAAGAUCCUUCAUGUCCUUUCUCUCAGAAUUCGAGUCUCUAUAUUUAGCUUCAAGUUCUUCAGUAGUGUUGUCCAUUUCACAGCAAAAUUCCCAUUUGCAAUUUUUUUCACUCAUUACCUGUUGCAUAAGAGAUAAUAAUUAAAUGUGAUAUUGUACAUGAAGCUUAUUCAAUUUACAGGAAGUCC